AUGUCAACGCCGCCGUCACUUCCCUUAGCGCAAAGAUUGGACAUGGUCCCGGCCAUGCUGUCCGUUCUUGCGGCCGCUCUAUACACGGCCGUUCAAGGACCAUUCCGUGGCCCAGAGGGAGCCGCCACGUUCGAUCGGCAUAUGCAGAACGGCAUCACGCGGCAGCUUGCGGGCCGUAUGAGCAUUGCUCAGUUACAGUUUAUCCGCGGGACAACGAAGGCCACGUUUGAGAAGUGGGCGAAGGCGAAUCCGGCAGUUCCCACCCAUACGGACGUCCUCGGCGAUGGAGGCGCCAUACAUUGGCUCGGCUCUAAGGAUGCGGACAAGAUUAUUCUUCACCUUCAUGGCGGUGGCUAUAUUCUACCGUUAUCCGUUGGGCAUCUCGCGCUCAUGGAUGGCAUACGCCAACGGGUGUCCCAGGCGGCGGGCGCUACCGUUGCUGUCGCUUUUGUUGAAUACUCUCUCGCUCCGACCAAGCCCUACCCAACGCAAGUCCGUGAAGCCCAAGCGGGCCUUGCACACCUUCUAGCUCAGGGCGUGCAACCAUCCAGGAUUAUUCUUUCUGGUGACUCCGCCGGCGCACACGUCGUGCUGUGCUUGAUCUCUCACCUCCUCCAUCCUCACCCUGGCCUUCCCGCACCCCCACUAUUGACGUCCUCGUUCGGUGGCCUUCUUCUCAUCUCGCCCCGCGUCUCCAACUCAACAGCGGCCGCUUCGUUUUCGCAGAACACUAAUCGCGAUACCCUAACUCGAGAGACAUUCGAAAGCUGGAUUGCGAACUUCCGUGCCAACGGCCCUGUAGCCACCGCGGAAGGUCUUACUCAAGAUGGAGUGUACACGGAGCCGGUACAAGCCUCCACCAGCUGGUGGGAUGGGCUUAGCAACACGAUUGCGAAAGAGGUUUUCGUCUCUGCGGGCGAGCACGAGUGCAUGCGGGACGAUAUCGUGCGGUUCGCUGAGACAUGGAAGGGCUUGCCUGGCAUGAAUGUCAUGCUUGAUGUAGAGGAGAGAGGGAUCCACGACUCACCCCUCAUGGACGCUAGUCGCGCCCCGAGCGAUCUCAUACGGCAUAUUGAGGCGUGGUUAAAAGUCAGAGUGGAGGCUGAUUAA